AUGAAGUGCAAUUUUCGAACGCCGGCAACAACCGUUCGGUGGUGGUGGCGGCGGUGGUUGGUGCUCGCGAUAUGCUUAGUGAACGGUGCGCUCGGAUACAGCAGCAGCAGUAGCAGUAGCAGCAGCGAUCCACAUCUGUUCGAGAAUCGAGAUGGCUACAUCAUCGGCAACUAUCUGCAGGCAACGGACCAAGACAUCCGGGACUUCUUCUGGACCGGGUCGGGCGAUGGGCCCGGUUCCGUGCUAAACCCAUUCGAGCGCUUUCCAAUCAGUGAAGAUGCCAUCAUCAAGACGGCCACGGUCGUCGCCACCGUCUACAUUGACCGCAAUGGUGGCCCGGAUGGGUAUGAUGAUCUCUGCAUCUUCGACUGCCCACCCCAAUCCGGUCACCGAGGUGGUCCCGAAGAUCCGACCGAUGGCGACGAUUCAUUCGAGUCCGAUCUGACGGGCCACGGUAUCGACAACGUGACGCCCACGGAUCGCCGCUUCUGGCUGAUGACCGUCAUCGGAGGACUGCAUGGGCGGCACGAUUAUCCGAUGCUCGAGACCAAGCUGGCCAAGCUGUAUCGUGUUGCAUUUGCCAGACAACAGGCAUUACAUCUCGGCAUCAACAGUAGCACCAGCAACGGUCGUCAGCAGCAGCAGCAGCAACAGGAGGAGCAGGAGGAGAACGGUCUCGAACGACUAUCGGUGGAUGAGAGCAACCCGUCCGUCGAGGAUCCGCCGAGAAGUCGCGUCCGCCGUCAAGCAGCUGAUUUGAAGCGUUCAAACAAAGCUGAUGCAAGCUCGAGCAAGCGAGGAAAAAGUGCCACGGCCACGGGCAAGAAACUUGAGAGUAACAUCCGUCCACCGGGCUUAGCGUUUGGCCACGAUGUACUGACAAACGGGUACGUCGUUGCGUACGAGCAGCGACUGAAGCACCGGAACAGAAACCAUCGACGAGCGUCGUCAACACGCCACAAAAGAGAUUUUAGCGAAUCGGACGAACGACGCAUCGGAAGUCAGGUGCUGCCCGUACCACCGAUAGUGGAAGUCAUUGGCGCGAACGGUGGUCCGCCAGGCCCCGAAGAGAGUCCAGUGGCCAAUGGGGACGAUGGUUCCGAUGAGCAGUUGCGAUCGCAACGGAGUGACACAACCGGUCGACACGACGUGCCCGAUAAGGAUGCGUACUCGACGGCGACGGGAGGCCGGCGAAAGGUGCGAAUCCUGAUACACAACACGACCCAUCUGCGCGAGGAGGAUCGAUUGUCGAUGGAGGGUAGCAGUACUGGUGGUCGCGAUGCCGACAAUACAGGAGGAGGAGCUGGUGGUGGCUCCCCGAGCACAUCGAAUCAGCUCCUGAAUCAAACGGAAAUCAUAUACUCGGUGUUCGUUGGUGGAUUGCCAGUGCUAGCGACGACGGCCGCCGAAGACAUGAAGCUCAUGUCACAGGAAGAGAUGGAGCACGUGCUGGAAUCGAUGGUCUACCUCAAAGCCGAUCCCUACCUUAAGGAACCACAGGCGACACCGUUGAUACCGUCGACUCAGAAUGGCAGCAGUAAUGUGAUAGCCCUGAUCGGCCAAAACCCUAGCCUGUUCGUAGUGUCCUGCGUGGCGGCGGUGCUACUGUUGAUCCUGUGCAUUGGCAUGUUCCUGUUGGCUCGCGGUAAACGGAAGCAUAUCGUAGCGAUGAAGAAGCUGGAAUCGACGCAAGCCCUUGUGAUGCCGGGAACGAUCGCGGAAGAACUGAAUGCCCUGAAAACCGGUGACAGCGGAAGCAGCCGGCAACCGUCGCCUUCGUAUCCGCGCGAUCCCUCCUCGGCCACGGUGAGUCUGAUGGCACAGAAACCCUCACCGACCAUCCACUUCCCACUGCCGCCGAUGACGCGACCGACUUCGUCAUCGUCGAGCUACUCAUCCGACUGCUCGGUGUACUAUCCGAAGCGGAAGCAGAAACAUCAGCACCACCAUCACCAUCAUCAUCAUCACCAUCAGCAACAGCAGCAGCUGCAGCACCAGCAGUUGCAGCAACAGCCACAAUAUCACCAUCAUGAGCUGCUCGACGAGAAGUCGGUCAAUUUAACGAACAAACUGCAGAAACAGUUCCACCUACAGUCACUGCUAGUACCACCGGGAGGCCAGGAGAACGUGUACGCUUCGGUACAGAAACCGUUGGGGAAGAAGGAUCACAAGCGGCGCCGAAAGUACCUCGGUGAGAAUCGGGUGGGAUCGAUCGAAGGUGGUGGGUUGGGAUUGCAGGUCCCGCCACCACCACCACCGAGAAGCCCCCUGACCACGACCACAGCUAGCAGUGCCAGUCCGAGCGAUCAUUCGGCAACGUUCGGUGACGAUCGGCAACCGAAGCUUGUCCCGGGUGCUUACGAACCGAGUGAAACCUACAACACCGAUGUGAUCAUGAAGCAUUACCUGAAACGGAAACCACUGACUGGUGCGCUGCCGGUUGAGGCACUUAACCGGGACAGGAUUCGUGUGUUGGCGGAACAGUACAAUGGAAUUGACUCCGGGAGUAUUGGAUCGUAUCUUAGUAUGGCUUCGGUUAAGAGUUUCCCCAGAUGCUUUGUACCGGAACCACUGAGCCGCGUUCUGGAACCGGUCACGAUGACGCAUCUCGAUCAAUCGGAUGUGUACGCGGAUGGGGUGAAAUCGUCCGGACCGGAUACGGCCGCCACCAGCCAGUACAACACGGAUACGGAGGUGCAUCUGGCGCGGUCACAGAGUGAUGGAGCUGAUCCUGGUGUCGUGGGACCAAUCGUGUGGCAGAUGCACAAGAAGGAGAUGGAAGAGAUCACCAGUCCACUGCGGGAUCCGGUGGUCACGAGGAACCGCUUCGAAGGGCUGCUCGAAGGUGCCAUCCAGCUGUACGAAGAGGAGGAGGGUCCGGAGCGCGAAGAGGAACAAAAGAACUCGAUACCACUGCCCGGUGUCAUACGGCCAUCCGAGGCCACACGGGGAAAAUCGGCACUCGUCGUAAGAGAAACAUCCCGUGCAUCAUCGGCUACGAUACGACCGGUAACGGCGGCCCCGGGACGUAAGGUGGACGCGCACAGUCACAGUCACGAUCAUCAUCUGGCACCGGGUUCUCCGAUGCCGAUGCCACACGGUGGCCGAGGUGGUGGUGUCUCGGGUGCUGCAUGGAGCAGUGGAACUCACUCGCCAAUGGUACGUCCGAUGAGUGCGGGACCCUUCCAUUCGCCACAGAGUGGGCCCACGGUGGGCAUCGAGAUUGCUCAGGUGACCGCUCCGCACAGUGUACUCCAGUCCACGGAACUAUCGACCGCACCGCUACUCCAGAACAUCAUGCAAGAGCUGCAACGGUUCCGCAAUGAACAGUGA